AUACGUCCGCCAUUUUGGGCGCUUCGCUGAUGGUGUCGGUGAGCGCGUUUCCCGCCUGAGUGCAACUAGCGGCGGGUCGUGGGCACCUCCAGGUGAACGGGAUGGGUCUUUGGAUGUACCUCCGUGCCCUGACGUUUCAACCGCGUGACUUAAUGUCAUUUUCCUGACGAAAUCUCACUCUGUUGCCCAAGCCAGAGUGCAGUGGUGUGAUCUCAGCUCACUGCAACCUCCACCACCUGGGUUCAAGCGAUUCUCCUACCUCACCCUACAUACAGAUAAGAAAACAAGCUCAGAGAGAUGUGGUGACUUGCUCAAAUAGUGACAGAACUUCCUCGGCCAUAUGGAGGGGUCAUAUAAUACCCUUGUGUCAUCAGUUUGAGGUACCUCCCAUAAUUUUAAGGGGCUGGAGUGCAGUGGCGUGAUCAUAGCUCUCUGUAACCUCAAACUCCUGGGCCUUAAGCGACCCUCCUGCCUUAGCCUCCUGAGUAGCUAGGACUGCAGGCUCAAAAGGAAAGAAAACAUCUCGCAGGACCAGAUGUGGAGUAGAUGGGAGUUGGAGAGAAGCUGAAGCCCAGGCCCAGCACCAGGCUGGGGGCCCAGGUGCUACUGGGGUCCCAGCCAUUAACAGAGCUUCGUGCAGGAGAGCUUGUUUCAUAUCCAUAUCCCACUUUAUUCCUGCUAAUCUGCCAAUGCAGUAAAUUGGAGGAAAACUGUUACCAGGAUAACCUGUAAUGGGCAAGGAGCCACAAAGAAGAAAACAUUUCUUUUAAUUUUUAAACUUGGUUUGAAAGACCAGCAUGUUUUGGAAAUUUGAUCUUCACUCAUCAUCCCACAUAGACACACUUCUAGAAAGAGAAGAUGUAACACUGAAGGAGUUAAUGGAUGAGGAAGAUGUUUUACAGGAAUGUAAAGCUCAGAACCGCAAACUUAUAGAGUUUCUGUUAAAAGCAGAAUGUCUCGAAGAUUUAGUCUCAUUCAUUAUAGAAGAACCACCUCAAGACAUGGAUGAAAAGAUCAGAUACAAGUAUCCAAAUAUAUCUUGUGAGUUGCUCACUUCCGAUGUCUCCCAGAUGAAUGAUAGACUGGGAGAAGACGAAUCCUUGCUAAUGAAAUUAUAUAGCUUCCUCCUAAACGAUUCCCCUUUGAAUCCACUACUUGCCAGUUUCUUCAGCAAGGUGCUAAGUAUUCUUAUCAGCAGAAAACCAGAACAGAUUGUGGAUUUCUUAAAGAAGAAGCAUGAUUUUGUAGACCUUAUUAUAAAGCACAUAGGAACUUCUGCUAUCAUGGAUUUGUUGCUCAGGCUCCUGACGUGUAUUGAACCUCCACAGCCCAGGCAAGAUGUGCUGAAUUGGUUAAAUGAGGAGAAAAUUAUCCAGAGGCUUGUGGAAAUAGUUCAUCCAUCGCAAGAAGAAGAUCGACAUUCAAAUGCAUCACAAUCACUUUGUGAAAUUGUUCGCCUGAGCAGAGACCAGAUGUUACAAAUUCAGAACAGUACAGAGCCCGACCCCCUGCUUGCCACUCUAGAAAAGCAAGAAAUUAUAGAGCAGCUUCUAUCAAAUAUUUUCCACAAGGAGAAAAAUGAAUCAGCCAUAGUCAGUGCAAUCCAGAUAUUGCUGACUUUACUUGAGACACGACGACCAACAUUUGAAGGCCAUAUAGAGAUCUGCCCACCAGGCAUGAGCCAUUCAGCUUGUUCAGUAAACAAGAGUGUUCUAGAAGCCAUCAGAGGAAGACUUGGAUCUUUUCAUGAACUCCUGCUGGAGCCACCCAAGAAAAGUGUGAUGAAGACCACAUGGGGUGUGCUGGAUCCUCCUGUGGGGAAUACCCGGUUGAAUGUCAUUAGGUUGAUAUCCAGCCUGCUUCAAACCAAUACCAGCAGUAUAAAUGGGGACCUUAUGGAGCUGAAUAGCAUUGGAGUCAUAUUGAACAUGUUCUUCAAGUAUACAUGGAAUAACUUUUUGCAUACACAAGUGGAAAUCUGUAUUGCACUGAUUCUUGCAAGUCCUUUUGAAAACACAGAAAAUGCCACAAUUACUGAUCAAGACUCCACUGGUGAUAAUUUGUUAUUAAAACAUCUUUUCCAAAAAUGUCAAUUAAUAGAACGAAUACUUGAAGCCUGGGAAGUGAAUGAGAAGAAACAGGCUGAGGGAGGAAGACGGCAUGGUUACAUGGGACACCUAACGAGGAUAGCUAACUGUAUCGUGCACAGCACUGACAAGGGCCCCAACAGUGCAUUAGUGCAGCAGCUUAUCAAAGAUCUUCCCGACGAAGUCAGGGAACGAUGGGAGACGUUCUGCACAAGCUCCUUAGGAGAAACUAACAAGAGGAACACGGUAGAUCUAGCCUUUUCUGAUUAUCAGAUGCAACAAAUGACGUCCAAUUUUAUUGACCAGUUCGGCUUCAACGAUGAGAAGUUUGCAGAUCAAGAUGACAUUGGCAAUGUUUCUUUUGAUCGAGUAUCAGACAUCAACUUUACCCUCAAUACAAAUGAAAGUGGAAAUAUCGCCUUGUUCGAAGCAUGUUGUAAGGAAAGAAUACAACAGUUUGAUGAUGGUGGCUCUGAUGAGGAAGACAUAUGGGAGGAAAAGCACGCCGCGUUCACACCAGAGUCCCAAAGACGGUCCAGCUCGGGGAGUACAGACAGUGAGGAAAGUACAGACUCUGAAGAAGAAGAUGGAGCAAAGCAAGACUUGUUUGAACCCAGCAGUACCAACACGGAGGAUAAAAUGGAGGUGGACCUGAGUGAACCACCCAGCUGGUCAGCUAACUUUGAUGUCCCAAUGGAAACAACCCAUGGUGCUCCUUUGGACUCUGUGGGAUCUGACGUCUGGAGCACAGAGGAGCCGAUGCCAACUAAAGAGACGGGCUGGGCUUCUUUUUCGGAGUUCACGUCUUCCCUGAGCACAAAAGAUUCUUUAAGGAGUAAUUCUCCAGUGGAAAUGGAAACCAGCACCGAACCCAUGGACCCUCUGACUCCCAGUGCGGCUGCCCUGGCAGUGCAGCCAGAAGCGCCAGGCAGUGUGGCCAUGGAAGCCAGCUCUGACGGAGAGGAGGAUGCAGAAAGUACAGACAAGGUAACUGAGACAGUGAUGAAUGGCGGCAUGAAGGAAACACUCAGCCUCACUGUAGAUGCCAAGACAGAGACUGCGGUCUUCAAAAGUGAGGAAGGGAAACUGUCUACCUCUCAAGAUGCUGCUUGUAAAGACGCGGAGGAGAGUCCCGAGACUGCAGAGGCGAAGUGCGCCGCGCCCCGGCCUCCCAGCAGCAGUCCCGAGCAGAGUGCCUCCGAUGCCUGUCUGUUGCUCCUUAGGACUGGCCAGCCAAGCACACCAGGUGACACUUCAGUGAAUGGCCCUGUAUGACGGGUGACGUCUGCUGCUGCUGACUGAGGACUGCAGACCGCCACCACUCAGGGGCUCUGGAGGGGUCAGCUGGAGCCCACCAAGCUGUCACUGCUGCACUCACUCUGCAAGGGAUCAGGACCAGCAACCUUUAUAUUCUAGAUUCUAAGACAUUGUACAGAGAAAUUCAGAAGUGUAAAAAUAUUGCACAUUGACAAAUACCAAGAAUUUUUGCGUAUGUUUAUAUUGUAUUGUUCUAAAUAAUGGGUAGCCUGUGAAAUAAGAUCUUGCCACCCAUGUAAUAAUAGUAGUAAUACUAUAGUUAAAAUGGCUGUAAGAAUAGUUUUAUAAAAGUGAAUACACAGAUCUAUUGUAUUUGAAACAUAACUAUUUGACAAUUAUUAGUGUGACCAAAGUAUUAGGCAGUUUUCAUACAUUUUUCACCUUGUACAAAAUUACGAAUUCAUUUUUCUUCCAGGCUGACAAGGAGUUGUAGAAUGAAAAUGCCCUCUAAGUGUUAUUUUGGUUGUUCUAACUUACAAAAGUGAUUUUGAAUAAGAAAUAUUUGGUGUUCUUUUUAUAACCAGUUUUUGAUUGGUAAUCGUUUUCUGUAUUGUUUAAAACGGAUCAAAAAUGUAAGUCUAUUGGUAGAGAUUAAGUAUUUAUUGCUACAUCAUAGUUGAUAAAUUGAUGUUAUUGUAAAGCCAUAUGUUCUGUUCAAGUCUUGUUUGCUUGAAAUGAUUAUUCCUACAAGUGAAACACUAGACUAUUUGGAGUGUAUAUGGCUUGUGUUUUGGGUUUUUUUGUUUUGUUUUGUUUGUUUUAUUUUUUUUUUUUGGCUUUUGUUUUUGUUUUUUGUUUCGUUUGGUAGUUCAUCUGCCUUUUAACCCAUUCACCAAAAUUUACCUUGUUAACAAGCAUCACCAAUGAACAUUUCAGAGCAAUCUGCAUAUUUAACAGACCUAAAUCCUAUUAGGCAAGUCAGUUGAAAAUGCUCGUGCUGCUAAUGGAAUUAGAGUGCGUUCAUUUUACAGGCUAGUAUUUUAAAAGUAGAAAUCAAAAUCUGGCACCGAAGCAUGCUAAUUGUUUACUGUACCUUGUGAGGUUUUCACUCAUAAAUUUAAACCAGUGUAUUUUUUUAGAACUGGUUUGUGUAUAUAUAUAGUGAUUAUGGAUACUAAUUCAAUGUAAUUUAUAAUUUUCUAUGUCAAUACAAAAAUACAUCACAGCCUUCUCAAACAGCUGAAGCAAUAUAUUGUAUAUUGCCAUAUUGUCUGGUGAAAGGGUUAAAUUACUUCACCUCUUGCACUUUUAGAUGCAAAUCAGUUUUUCAUUUCUGUAAUAGAAAAUUAUUCACGUAUUUUUACAUCAUUUGUUUUUCCUGACCAGUAUUUAAAACCAAAAGGAUAUUCUGAAAAAUGGCCAACAAUUUUUUUAGAAAUAGCAUCCCAAGCAGCGUGCCUAAACAUUACAUUGCAUAUGGAAAUAAAAGAAUCAAACGUCUAAUGCCUUAUUUCUGAUUUCCUUUUUCAUUUUAAGUGGUGUAGAGACUCCAGCACUCCCAGGACAGUGGAGUCAGCAGUAAGCCCUGGGACAGGUGGCAAGGGUGGCUCCCUUGACCUUUGCACGCCUCCUCAGGAACCCUCUUUCCCAGGUGAGCUCCUCUCUGAAGAGACUGUCCUUGGACUUCCUCUGGAAGCAGCACCCCCAGAGGACAGGGCUCCUCCUGCUUGCCUCAGGGCUGCCUGACUUGAAUGGCGUUGGACCUCGGGGAUUACUGGUAGAUAAUAUGCUCUGGUCUCGCCUGGUGGCCAGUUUUGCCAGCCAUGGCCAGGGUUUGGCUCCACUGGCGGCACACGUGGCCUCCAUGGUAUGGACCCGGUGGCUUCUCCAUCCCACCCAAGGUACCAGUGUCUUGCUUCAUCCCACUGACUGCUAGGGAGAGAGCCUCUGGGACUUUUCUUUGGGGCAGCAUUUUGUUUUGUCUUUUGUAGCAGGGAAAGGAUAUGACAAUGGGGAGGACAGUUCUUUUGGAGGUUGGAGGGGCCAAGCCAAGGACAGGAGCAAGUGUGCCCUCAUUUUGUUUCUACUUUUAAUUUCUGUGUGUCGGCCAUACUGAAUUAUGAGACUAACAGAUGUCUACAAUACAAUACCUGUAUUCAAAAUAACAAAAAUAAAGCCUGAUUCUUUGUUUCUAGAAA